AUGUCCAGCUUUUAUGGAGUGUUGCAGCACAGAGAGGAGUUUGUAGAGAUGGAUUGUGGCUGCACAAAUCCCAGAUACGGCGACACGCCCGGAAAGCUUCGAGUAUACGUUAAUGGAAAAAUCGAGGUUGAUUGCAUUUGCAGGGAUGAUUGUUCUCAAGUUAACUUAUCCCCAACCGACUUUGCAAGGCAUGCCGGUCGAACGAACGCGCACACCAACUGGAAGACACAAAUUUGGGUGUUCGGCCACGAUGGCCUCAAGAUCGCCCUUCGAAGGACGUGUUUGCUCAAACACCACACGGAGGCUUUUCACCGACCUAUGCGCCAAGUAGUCCAUCGAGACGAAUUCAAAAUCUGCUCGAUAUGCAACAAACAACGAAGGUUUAGCCUCCGAGACAAGGAGGCUUGCAGAGCCUAUCAUGAUGCUCUUCUCAACGGUAACUGGAAAUGUUCGGACAUGCCAAACCAGCCCGGAAGAACGAGACUGUCGGUCAGUGGUUCGAGGCUGUCAGAGGGCUUCGAGGUGCAGAGGCUGUGA